AUGAGUAGAAGAAAACAAGAAGAGGAGCAGUUUUUUAAAGCCUGCCAGCAAGGUCGAAUCAGGGCGGUGCAAGAAAUUUUAUCGAAGUAUUCAUCGAAGGCCGAAGAACUCGUCAACUCUUACUCCAUUGAUAGGAAAACAUCUCUAUAUUACGCCAUUUCUAUAAAUAGCUUCCCACUGGUUCGUCUGCUAAUAAAACACGGAUCGAACGUGAACCGACCCAGCAGCGUCUUUUACGGUCGGGAUUGUUGCAGUCCCAGUUUCGAGAGCUGUGAGGAGCCGCCUGUCGUAACGGCCGCCAGGAUUGGGGCCACAGAAAUACUAAGAUGUCUUCUACGGAACGGUGGUUCAGUUAACCAGCAGUCUGAAGUUCUAUCUAGUCACGCCAACUUUACUACAACUAACAACAACAACAACAACAAAGACAAAAAACGUUCCAGAAACGAUGACGAAAAUUCCCGACUAAAUAAUACCGACCUGAACCGAUCAUCAAGUCAACAAUCAUUAACGGAUAUCAUGAAUGACAUCGGUAUUUCGCCCGGUGUCGAUAACGGUAUUUCAACCGGUAGUCGACCGAAUGAGUACCUCUUAAGAAGUCACCCUGCUAACCGAUCAAGACCGUCGAGUCAGUGCGGUUACUUCGGUAUGAGUGCCCUGCACAGCGCCUGUGAAUCGGCUCAGGUUGAUAUAGUCAAGUUGCUCAUAAGCAACGGAGCUGAUGUGAAUGCCGAAGAAGGCAAGAGGCAAGAGAAGCCGCUGCACAUCGUCGCCAGAUGUCAGCCGAGCACCUGUCCCCAGCAGUGCCAGAUAUUGGAAUUACUCUGCUCUCUGGGGGCUACCACGAACUGUCUGAACCGGAAAAAACAUUCCCCUCUCUACAUCGCCUCCCUUUAUGGCUGUUCCAAGAAAGUUGAAUGCCUCCUACAACACGGGGCAAAUCCGAACCCUUACAACUUUCACCCUCGUAAAUUAUCCGGAUUAAAUUGUUCAGAUUGGGGUGGGUACGGGUCAGCCAUUCAUAUCGCUGCGUACAAGGAUUACCUACAACUUGCCAUCACGCUGAUCAAUAGCGGGGCCGAUAUCAACUGGAAGAAUCAGAACGGGAUGACACCGCUGCGGUUGAAUGUAGCGGUUCGAAAUAAAAGUAACAUCGCCGCCCUCCUCAUAUUUCACGGAGCUCUGUUGAACGGUCAGAGCGAGUACUUCAGAAACAUCUCCCUUUUUCAUUAUGAAGGUUUAAUGACUGCCAACCAACGUUUCCCAUUAUCAAAUAGUCCGCACUUAUCGAGUCGUAGUUCACGGAGUAUGCAACAAAAUGCUGAAUGGAACAGUUCGGAUUUGAGCUUGCUUUCGGCGUGCAUACUGAAACCAAGGCUGGAUUGCGAGAGUCUGGCGAUAUUGUUGAUCCAGGCUGGUUACGAUUUGAAUCAAGAUCCCUGGUUGAGCUUAUACAACGUUGGAGAUGGGACCUACGAUGACGAGAGGACGGUUUCCCCGGCUGAAUGGAGAGUUACUAGGUUGUGCAGAUGGCUUCGAACUAGGCAGCAAACAGUUAGAUCUUUAGCUGAAAUCUCAAGAGCAGCUAUAAGAUUUUAUUUAGUAGGUUCUAGUAACGGGGCCUCCAUUGUGAAUAAUGUAAACUAUCUACCGCUGCCAAUCGGUUUGAAGAAUUUUGUGCUGCUGAAGAAUUUGUCUGGCCACAAUAUAGAGCCUGCAAUUUUCGAGUGUUUGAAUGAAUUACAAUAAUGAGGUUGAUGUUUGUAUUAGGAAUAUAUUUUGUUUUGUUGAGUUUUAUAUUUUUGCUGUACCAUAGUUAGAAAAUAAAUUUUCAUUUGAAAA